AUGAAUAAAGGUGACUACGUUAUUUUUCCUCAGCCUUGUUACGUUUGCAACAGCACCGGCCACAACUGCCGCGCUCUUCCUCGCCAGCAAAUCAAGAUCGAAGAGGAACUAGACCUGACUACAGAGGUUAAUGACAACGCCCUAAACGACGGAACAGAUAUAACUGCCCCAGAAGAAGAGUAUGAAGAACCAAAGGGAGUAGAAGAUACCGAUUUCGUUCUGUACGUAAGUGCAGUGGAGACUGAAAGGUGUAGACGCGGCUUGACUGUGGCUUAUGCAUCGCACUGUCAGCAGGAGUCGGCUUUGGACAGACCUGUAGCGGGCCAUGCGAACUUCUGUCCUGGCGAGCUGUCCACCAACUACAGGGACUUACCUUCCGUGCUGUCGACUGUGAAACAUGAGAUGCUGCACGCUCUUGGCUUUAGUGUUUCGCUAUUUGGGUUCUAUCGGGACGAUAAUGGAGAACCGCUGACCGAAAGGCGAACCGAUACCGGGGACCCGCCAUUGGAUGAAGAAUUACAGAUCCACAAGUGGUCGUCUCGAGUUGUCAAAAACAUCACUCGCAAGAACUGGAUGAUCAGGGGAGGGUAUAUGGAGCGGACCUUCCAUAUGAUCGUCACACCUCGGGUCGUUAAAGAGGUCCGGGAGCACUUCAACUGCUCGAAGCUAGAGGGCGCUGAGUUGGAAGACCAAGGAGGUGAUGGAACUGCCCUCACGCAUUGGGAGAAGAGGGUUUUCGAGAACGAGGCUAUGACAGGGACGCACACUCAAAACUCAGUGUUCAGUCGGAUCACCUUCGCAAUGAUGGAGGACACGGGCUGGUAUCGCGCGGACUAUUCCCACGCUGCCCCUUUGUAUUGGGGGAAGAACUUGGGCUGUAGAUUCGCGAUGGCCUCCUGCAAACAAUGGCUGAACACUCAAAGGUUGAGACGUAAGAACCCAGCUCCUUUCUGCGAGCGGGUAAAGGGUGAUCCAUUGAGGACAGAAUGCUCAGCUAGGAGGACAGCGGUGGUACUCUGCAAUCUGGUGCGACAUGAUAACAUCUUACCGAGGGCCUAUCAGCACUUCGACAUUCUUCCCAACGUGCCUCCAGGCGAAGAGGCCUACUACGGUGGCUCAGUUUCCCUUGCAGACUACUGCCCAUAUCUGCAGGAGUUCACGUGGAAACACAAAAGUGUACUUAUCAGGGGAAGUAGGUGUUCAUACGAGGAGAAUACGCCAAAGACUGAUGUAAACUUCGCCCUGGAGAACUACGGCUCGCACUCGAAGUGUUUCGACCAUAGCGACAGAGUUUGGGAGCAGAAGUCUUGCCGACAGAUAAGGGAAUGGCAACAUUGGGGCUCCGGUUGUUACAAAUACAAAUGUCAAAGCGGGCGACUUCAUAUUGUGGUGGGCAACUACUCAUACACGUGCUAUUACGCGGGACAAGUCCUGCAAGUUAGAAUAAUGCAACGUGGCUGGCUGCAUCGAGGUGGAGUUGUUUGUCCGCCGUGUAGAGAACUUUGCGGCGACGAGUUUUCUUCCCGUGGCGAAUAUUGUAAAGGCGGCGAAGAAGCUCCUCCACCGAAUCUAUAUCCCAACGACGUGCUAGUCUGUCGAGCUCCCGCGCUCUCUCCUGCCGCCGUAUUGUUGACGGCGGCCAUUUUGUUCAUAUAUGACGUCAUAUUUUGA